AUGAGUGGCGAUAUAAGUCGAAUUCCAAUUCAAUCGUUUGGAGCAGUGUUUAGUUUGACGGACAUAUUGCCAGAGCUUCCCCUACCAACUGCCUUUCCACACGGAUCCAGUAGCGACAGCCUCCUUGAUCCAGAAAUUUCAAGCGAUGUCAUGCGAUGCCUUUGUUCCAAAGAUGAAAAUUUGAUUUGUAGCAUCACUGAAGCCCUGUGCAAGGUAUCCACGGACAAUAUCGAUCUCGAUGCUGAUAAUGUGUCCGAGCCAAUUGACAACUCAACUUUUCCCCCACUCCUCAUAUCUGUGCUCCAAAGAGAUGCUUCUGUAUUUCAUUCAAAGGCAAGCUCUUGCACACUGAUCAAGUCAAAUUCUCUAACUUUCGGUCGAGGUAGUCAGCAGAACUUGAAUGAUUUGGACAUUCGCAAUAACGCAUUUGACGAGGAAUCUACUUCUUCAACAAAGCGGAAGCAUAAAAAGAAAAAGCGAAAGAAAAGGAGGUUGGAAUAUGUGAAUCAGGAGGCUUCCAGUGGAGGUGAAUCCAAUGCUGCUACGCCUGGUGGUUCUGCAAGCGAUGAUCAUUCUAACGAUGCGGAUGAUUCCAACACGCCAACUCCCUAUGGUGUCAGCGUUAAUGUCAAACCGGAUGAGAAAAAGAUCCUGCUUAAGUUCUCACUUAAACGUCCCACAACUAGCGAUGCUAAUGCUUCCUUGGAUUCCAUGUCUCGAGAACGGAAGGAGAAGAAACACAAGAAAUCUAAGGACCGUGGAAAGAAGCGGCAUCAUAGCCAUGAAAAAGGAUUUCCCCUAGUGGAAAGCAUAAAUCGCGUAGAACCACUUCUUCCACCUGCCAAUGGAGUUCCUAUGACUGCUAAGCCGGUCCUUGUCUCCUCUCCAAAUGCUACCAAGGAGUCAUUUGGUCGCAAGAUCCCUGCGCCAGCCUCGCAUUCCCCUCGUCCUGGGAUUGACCGGGUUGGCAGUCUGGACGCUAAUCCGGCGUUUGAUUUGCAAGGUGUCCUAGACCAAGUGAAACCCGAUUUCGUCGUGUUUCAGGAAAACUUCCUGAAGGAUCUGCCUCCGUCCGUAAUGGCUCAUUCAAAUUCCCCGAAUCACCCUUCUAAUCCCUCCGCACUGAAUUACACUGACUUCCUAGCAGCUGAUUUGCUUUCCGUAACGAAUCUUUCUCCCCCUGUUGCCCACCAUCCUCCUACGCAAGGUACCAGUGAUAGUAGUGUCUACCGCGGUUCCUUCAUGAUUGCUUCGCACCUCGAGUACGAUACGAAGCCCUCUGGGAAUUUCCUGGAGCAUAUAUCCGAUCUCCAAAAUACCUCUUUGGACAUUUCAACGCAUACUAAGCCUCCUGAACCUGGAUUUCCCCAAACUACUCCUCUAGGUUUAGCGAGCUACCUCAAUUCCAGUAAGCCGCAAUCAUCGACUUCCAAGCCUGCACCAGUUGCCAAAGUCACUCCAGCCAAACCCGCAGCCCGACGAAGAGCUCCUGUGUCUAAAAGACGAAGGUGUAAUGAGGUGGAGGGUUUGCGCACGUGGACUGUUAAAUACCCAGGCCAAAGAAAUUCCGAUAGGAAUUCGGAUGAGUCUUCGGCAUGGGAUGCCGCAGUUGAUCGCCAGGCUAAUUACUUGCGCAACAAACGCCGACGAAUGACUAGGCAGCCUACGGCUCUUGCGGCUGAUUAUGUUUUGGAAAAUGAUAAAGAUUACCCUAAACCUCUCCCCCGCCGAAGUAGUGAGGAAAAUAUGGUGGCAACUGUAGAGGCGGGUGCUACUGAGGAUCCUACAUUGGAUUCCGAGGUUGCUGUUGCGACAUCGUUGCGUUCGUCGUCUCGAACGGGUCUUGGUGUCAGCACUGCAAGUGCUGGCCGUUGUUCUUACGUUGGGAUGGAUGACGACACUGAGGAUGUACUUGACGACGAAUGUUAUAAGGAUGGGAGUAGUGUUCGAAGGCGCCGAAAACCCGACGACGACGAUGCACCAUUUGAGGUUCGCAUCAAAGAACCGGCUGAACAGAGGUUUCCACACUUGCAGAAGGCUGCUGCGGAACAUUCUCGGCCAGUUCGAGAGCGCGUCCAUCACAAGCUUCUGAACUCUUAUUCUGAAGUCGCAGGCUCGUCUGAUGCUGCGCUAGCAAGUAGUCUAAAAAAAUUCCUCUCUCAUAUCGACCGAGUGCUCGAGGCUGUGGAGGAGGUGGAUCUUCUAGCUGGCGGUGACAGUGGUGGUGAUGAUGGCGUACCAGCGGAAGCUAUAAUUUCCCCUUCUGAUAUUGCGGAAUUGUGUCGUGAUGCUGCGAAACUGAAGAGCACGCAUGCAGCCAAUCAAGUUCCCACUGAUCGUCUUCUCAAGCUGCUUACUCUUCUUUUGCUUAACAUUCGUGACGGAGCUAGCGUCGUCCGCGUCGUUGGAGAUCAGGAGGGUAUGGAAAAAAUAUCCCGUGCUGUCGGGGCUAGUCUAAUUGCUUUGAAUUUGAUGACUUCUAAAGACAUGCCCCGCGAAAUCUACUUGGAAGAUGUGAUUGAACAGGCAGUUCAAGUAACCCGUUUCCAGCUUUCGAAUUGUAUCUACCCUGAGUAUGACCCGGCUUACAGAAUCGAAAACUCGGCGAAGGACAAUCAGAGUAGUAUCAAAUCACGGCGUGCUCGUGAGCGUGAUACGCAUAAAUCACCUGCAGUUGUCCAUCUUUACUACCGCCUUUUGGAGAUCGUCUCAGGAUUGGCUGAAUUGGUUAACAUCCAACGCCUCACUGAUAGUCUUGUGCUCACACUUUAUUCUGUCGGUGUAUCCAUUUUCUUUGUGGAGAACGUUAGCGAGUUGCAACUGGCGGGCCUCAAAUUAGUUACUGGGGUGUUCGCUCAGUAUCCGCUUUGUCGCAAACUAAUUAUCGAGGAGAUCAUCACCGGUAUCGCGCGUCUUCCCUCGAGUAAACGCAACCUCCGAACUUAUAGGCUGAAUUCCGAAGAGAGUAUUCAGAUGUUUACGGCUCUGGCACUUCUUUUGGUUCAGUCAGUAAUUGAACUGCCUGUCCCAAAUGUUUCUAGCCAGCAGCGAGUGUUGGACGGUACGAGCGCUGAUAUUAAGACGGAUAACGGUGAAACUACAAUUGGACAGGGUGCUUCUGCUGCCUACAGACCUGAUGAUGAGGUACUGGUCACCAGUUCCUACAAAAAAGCUAUUAUCACGGCGCACAAUUUCCUUUCCGCAUUCCUCAGAAAAUCAACUACUAAAGGCGAAGAUGAUUAUCGGAUUAUUUUUGAGAAUUUUGUCAAUGAUCUCCUUCUCACCGUGAACAAGCCAGAGUGGCCGGCGGCAGAGGUCAUGUUGAGCCUCCUUGGGAGUUUGCUGGUUCAACAAUUCAACAAUAAAUCGCUUGAUCAGUCAAUUCGAGUGACCAGUGUUGACUAUCUUGGCACAGUGGCUUCGACUCUGCGUCGGGAUGCAGUGACAAGUCAGCUGAAAGAACACGAUAUAAACGUUAUUUUGCGCGAACUAACCGAAGGUAGUCAGUCGGAAAGUGAAGAGGAUGAAGAAGAGAAAGAUGGGGGUAAUGCCGGUAAAAAGGGUGGUGAGGAUGUUUCCUCCACAGCAAAUCUGUUUUUGAUUACUGAUACUCUUAAAACGAAGGAGGAAUCAGAAGAUGUAAAGAUUGUGCGAGCAGAAGAGAAAAAGCCAAAAAAUAAGAAACGCUCGGGAGUGAAUUUGUCUAAGAUGGAUAAAAUACUCGUCCUUCGAGAUGCUGUUCUGGACUACCUUCUGGAAGACGAAUCCGAUCCUGUUGUUCUCUAUGCCUGUAAGUUUUACAUGGGUCAAUGGCUUGAAGACUGCACUACGGAGGUUGAACGUGCACAUAAGGCGGUCAUGGAGAAUCCCUCACAAGAGUCAACACAUCAGAAGCUGGGAGGAGUUCGUCGCGGGAAGCGGAGUAAAAUUGAAGACACCGAGUGUGAGAAGGACGGUUCCCCAAUCUCUGAUGUUGAGUUAGCAGAAUCGCGUCGCGCCUACUUGAUGGAUCGUUUACGAGAUCCGCCCUCAGUUUGGCGAGCCCGUUGUAGACCCAAGGUGGCUGGAAUGAUGCCUUUGACGUCAACCUCUGCUUCCGUUGUGUCCAAACAGUCACAAGCCCUGCGUGUUAUGUUCAAGGGCUCCAUUGAUUAUGAGGAUGCCUAUCUUAUCUGUCGAUACCUUGCCAGUCUUCGGCCAUUCUCUCAAAGCUUCGAUGUUUAUCUUUCACAGAUUUGCAAGCUCCUAAGCGAAUCAUCGGUACCCGUACGAACAAAAGCAUUGCGAUGUCUUUCGGCUGUUGUGGAAGCGGAUCCUGGCGUGUUGGCACGUUCGGAUAUUGAGAUGGCUGUACGCUCUCGUCUUAUGGACAUUUCCACAUCGGUUCGGGAAGCCGCUGUCGAUCUUCUCGGACGUUUUCUUAUUUGUCGUCCGGAACUCACAGCUCAGUACUAUCCUAUGCUAUCUGAAAGGAUCCGUGACAAGGGUGUAUCUGUACGAAAACGGGUCAUUCGCAUCCUCCGCGAUAUCUGCGUUGAACAGCCCGAUUUUCCGCGUAUCGCCGAGAUUUGUGUCAAGAUUAUUCGCCGAGUUAAUGACGAAGAGAGUGUGAAGAAACUGGUUAGCGAAGUCUUCCAGGCUCUGUGGUUCACUCCGGUUCGGGAAAAAGAGUCCGUCAAAUUGCUGCACAAAGUUAUGAAUAUCACAGAUGUGGUUGUCUCCGCUUCUAAGGAUACUGGGAUUGAAUGGUUAGAACAGUUUCUGGAGGGUCUUCUGACCAAAGAAGAAGGAGAGAAGGUUCGUCCGGCAGAGAAAGCCUGUGUUCAAAUUGUGGAGUGUCUUGUCCAGAACAUCAUGCGGUUAGAUGAGAUUCCUGGUCAAACUAAGCGUCUUGUAGCUUGUCUCGCCACUUUACACCUCUUCACGAAAAUUAGACCCUAUCUCACUGUUAAACACGCGAUGUUGCUACAGCCCUACCUUUCGGCUCGCGUUCCGACCACUGGGGCACCUGCUCAACCAUCCUCGCAUCUGGAUUCCCUGAUUCUUCACUAUGUGGCUAGGAUCCUUGAAGUUACCAUUCCUCUAAUUGAACAUCCGUCGGAAACGUUUUUGGCACAACUGGAGGAAGAUCUCGUUCGACUUACCCUCCGACAGGGCAAGAUGGUCCUCGAAUCCUGCGUUGCUUGUCUCGGUGCUGUAGUUAAUCGGGUGUCAAAAAAUUAUUCUUUGGCAAUGGAAUGCUUCCGGGGCUUCUUCAAUGCCUUAGUAAAGAUUCGAAGAGAAUGUCUUAGCUCUUCGGACAAGGGAUCCAUGCCGACACUGCCACGGGAACUAAGGCCCUCUAUUUUACGCUCCCUAUUUACUGUGGGGUUGCUGUGCAAGCACUUCGACAUUAAUGUCUUCUCCACGGACGCGGAGCCGAAAACGCUUAAUCAAGUUUUUGAAAUUCUCAUGUUUUUCUCGGAGCGCAUGGUGUCCGAUCUGGAAGUGCGGAAGAAUGCUCUCUCUGGCUUGGGCUUUCUUUGUACUCGACACAAGGAACUGCUUUGCGGAACACCUCUCUGCAAGUUCUACCACGAGCUCCUCCAAGCUCCGGCUGACCACGACCUUGAUAAGUCGGCUGAUUUAGAACUAAAGAGUCUUGUUCUUGAAAACCUUCUCAGCUUUUUCAUGGAGGAGGAAAGGCGAAUGUUAGAACAGGAUGCUAAAUGGAAGGCUACGCAUAAAGAGGAGUCUUUAAAGGUAAUGGGCGAUGUCGCCUCAGGCACAGGCAGCUACGUGGCGCAGUCGUACUUGAAGGAAAUUAUGGAGACCUUCUUCUCACCCUCCGCCUCUGUCCGUUUGACAGCUCUCUCAGUUGUGACGACAAUCCUUCGACAGGGUCUUAUUCAUCCUGUCCAAACGGUAUCUUAUCUGAUCGCUAUGCAGACAGAUUCCGACGCCUCAACGCGUGUCAAAGCAGAAGCUCAGUUACAGGAGAUUGAGAACAAAUUUCCUGGAUUCAUAUAUAUGCGCGCGAUUGAGGGUGUUUGUUUUUCAUACCGCCUCCAACGGGUAUUACAUUCGAACUCGAAGGUUCCGCACACAGAGCGCAAGGGCUCUGGUGUUCAUAACACUUCCGAGAGCACGACAUCUUCGACAUCACAGUCGGGAGCAGUCAAGUCGUCACGUCGAAGCAGUGGCUGCAAUACUACUGACAACGGCGUAGCUACCAAUGAGGGUGACGCCAGCACUGCAUCGGCCUCAGCGGAUCCCUUUGCGAAUCCCAUCCGUGGUGCCAGGGACGUGGAUUCAGAUGUUCCCAAUGCCCUCAACUCACAGCUUUAUUCAAUGUUGCGGGUUAAUCGGACCUCCAGGCGAGCGUUUCUCAGUGGUCUGGUUAAUCUCUUCGAUGAGAUGCAGAACAUCUCCCUAGGAAGGCUGCUUUAUGUGGCUGAUAAUCUGGCCUUCUUCCCCUAUCAAUGCCAGGCUGAACCUCUCUUUGUUAUUCAUCAUAUCGAUCUUCUUAUCAGUGUAAACGGCUCCACAAGACUUCAGGCCGUUCGUGAUGCUCUCUUUCCAGAGCUGAAGGGGCUCCUUGUUUCUCAGGCAUCCGUUAAUAACGGCUCAAAUAACGCUAAUUCCUGGAUUGUUCCAGGUUCAGAGAGUAGCCGAUUACCCUUUCCCAAAGAUUGUGUAGUUUUUGGUCCUAAUGAAGUGCCAGACUCACAUACUGAUCAAGGGAAUGGUGUAACUGCAGCGUUGAUGAGGGUGGAGACCGAAGAGGAGAAUGAGGAUGCUUUGGUGUCUCGAAUCCUUUCGGCAGAUUCCACUAGGCUGGCCUUGAUUCGUGAUUCCGUAAAGGCCAGUCGCGUUUGCCUUUUACUCCUUAAUCUGAAACAGUACCUUAAGGAAGUCUAUGGAAUAACUGACAGCAAAAUCCAAAAGUUUUCACCUUCUGAUUCGGGUAAGCUCUGGGAAAAGCAGUUGACACGCAAAAGUGGUGUUCGUUUCUUUCCUGCGCUUUGUCUGCGGUCGGCUGUUGAAGAAUUAAGAACAGAUGCAUGCGACACCACUUAUCCCUCUGACGUAUCGACUAUGCAUCCAAUCAUCACACAUCAUGCCGCACGAGAUUUGGCUUUGGAGUAUUUUGAGUUCCGCAAACUUAUUCUUUCCAUCGAUCCACCUGAUGAAGACGGUUUUGAUGCUGCUACAAAUCCCGCGGCAAACGUUGAUGGUCUUGGGGGCGAUGAUAAGCAACCUGGUCUGCCCAUUGAUGAUAUCCCACUUCGGUUGGGGCCCGAUCGAUCUCUGGUUCCGCAGUCGCACAAUCGGUCGUCCGAUGAAGAAGACGAUUCAGCAGAUUCUGAUGUUGGUGGUGCAUCCCGUCUACUUUUGGCUCAAUCAGCACCACAAAGGCGGCGUGGGGGCGUUGGAGGAGGCAGUGGUGGAGUUGGCAGUAAUCUUGGUCGAAAUUCCCGAGCCUCUCGUACCUCUGGAGGUGGUGGUGGCGGUGGUACUAUGUCAACAUCCACAUCGAAGCGGAAAGGUGUUAGACAGCCUCGAGUUCGGUCUGCCUACAUCUCGAGCAGUGAAUCGGAAUCCGAGGCUGAGACGCUGUCUUCAGAGGAGGAAUCGGGUUAUAGUCGACUGGAGCAGCUGUGUAUUUUGCUGUACAAUUCGCCUUUGUUUCCCCCCCUCUCCCUCCCCUCCCCUCCUUCCGACAAAAUGCUAUCGUGCAAAUUAUUGAUUUUCCUUCCUGUCCCCUGUAAAGUCUGCUGUCACCACCUCCACUGCUAG